AUGAGUCUGGAGCAACGCGUUCCCAUGACGAAUCAAGACGUUGCGAUACCAUUCAAAUGGUACGACUGCUUCUGCUCUCAAUCAAUGUUCUCCCGGGAUUCCAUGAAGGGCUACACAGCUGGAUUCGAGCGUUGCUGUAUGAUCUUCAAUUUGGCCGCUGUUCACAGUCAGAUAGCCGCAGGCCAAAAUAUUCACGACGAUGACGGUCUACGCACAGCUGCCAAGUCUUUUCAGGCUGCCGCUGGGAUGUUUGAGUACGUGAAGGUUAACCUGCCAUCAUUCUACAGCGAGUCGCCUACAUGGGACAUGUGCAGUGAAUGUCUCACCGCGUUUUCCGAAAUAAUGUUAGCGCAGGCUCAGGAAAGCUUUUUUAUCAAAGCUGAACAAGAUGCAAUGAAGGCCGGCGUUGUGGCCAAGCUCGCCAAUCAGGCAGCUUCGUUCUACAAUGAUGCUCUGAAGACUGUCUCCCUAUCGUCUAUAAAGCCUUACAUGCCCAGGGAAUGGGCUUCCACUGUCUCCUUCAAGGCCGGCCUUAUGGAGGCCUACGCAGAGUAUUAUCGUGGCGUUGCAGCAGGAGAGGAGCAAAAGUAUGGUGAACAAAUUGCGCGAUUCACCAGCCUGCCCACAAUUGGUUUUGCUGUUUUGGCGAAGAAGACCCCAGUUCAGCUUCCGCUGAGUGGACAAGCACCGAAAGAUCGCUUCACCGCUCUGGUCCCCAUGGCUGUGCAUUCUGCCCUCGCUGCAGCCGAGGCUGUUCGUCAAACAAUGAUUUCUGUGGAGAUCGGCCGGUUGCGUGAGGCCUCGGAUCUGUGUAACAGGUGA